AUGGCCGACGACCACCCCCUGAGCCCACACGAGGAGACGAACGAGGAACAGCCACCGGGCACAAACUACUUCGGACUCAAGGCACACGCAGAAGCCAUCACAACCGAACCAACUCAAACAGAACCAGAACCAGAACCAGAACCAACUCAAACAACAACCAUCUCACUCUCAGACCAGCCUCAUCGCAUACCCACCCAGAACCAGCUACUCCACGAACUCAGCCAGACCACAAACACUCCAACAGAACUCCUCCUCCUCGCACUCGUCCGCGAACUAUCCCGCAGACUCAGCCAGGCACAGGACCAGCUCACCCACAGCCAGCGCGAAACCAGCAGCCUCAGGGAUCUGCUCAGCAACACCUACGCCGCCGGAAGAGGCGAAAUCGAGCGAUGUCUCCUGCGCGCAAGAGUACCACCCAAGAAGCCACCCACAGCCACAGCAUGGCACCUCCAACUAGAACACCCACUCGGCCCAUCAUGUCCAGCAGUCCAGCUCGAUCUAGACGACCUGCGCGAAGCCAUGUCCGACAACCCAUGCUUCGACACCCUCUCAGCCGAAGCCGGGCCCUCCCGCUCCCAACUACUCACCUCACCCGCCGCACGAAUCAACCAGCACACACUGCCCAAGAAGACAACAACCAUCCUCAACGGCAAGUAUCGCAAAUCCGCCCCCAUCCCACCCAUCCGCCCCACCUCAUCAGCAGACCACCACCAACAUCCUAACCCCUCCCUCCACAAGCGCACCACUUCCAUCGCCAGCAGUCUCAGCGCACUCUCCUCAUCCGCAGCCGGAACCCGCCAGCCACCCAGCAGUAACAACAACGUCUGGGGCCUAUAUGGCUGGAAGUGGAACAAACGAAACAAGACAAACACUCCCGCUACCGGGCUGGAUGGCAACGGAUCCACCCAGGAAUCCGCCCUGUCCCCGGAGAACGGACCUGGAGGCGGACCUCAUCACCCCCAGGACGACCAACACACACCCCCCCUCACUCGUCCCAAACGCAGCCCAACCGAAGCAUCCAACAGCACCAUCCUCUCGGGCCUGUUCGACAGUCUCACUCGGAGGAAACGAGCUGAAUCCAGCCUCCAGAAACCAUCGCUUCAAUCCUUCAACUCCCCCAUCCCUGCCCCAGGCUCAUCAUCCGACGAACCCUUCCCAGCAUCCAUCAACGCAUCCUCCAACCUCCUCACCCGCUCCCCAUCCCUCAUCCUCAACUCCUCAUCCUCCAUCAACACCCAGACUACCUCAAGCAGCCCCUCCUGCUCCAGCGAGCACCUCAGCCCCCAUCCCCAACAGACUCACCUCACCCUCUCCCUGCCCAGUCUCGCCACAGCCGAUACCAAACCCCCCGAUCCCUCCUCCUCCUCCUCCUCUCAAUCAGCCCUCGCAUCCGCCCCACCCAGUGCCCUCCAUUCAGCCUCAUCUGCUUCCGACCUCACCCCUCCAUUCACUGGCACAGACAGAUUGCCCGACAGCCUCCUCGAUCACUGCUCACUCGACCCAGCAUCGUCCAAUCGUGCCCCCAGCAGCCAGUCCACCCCUCUGGCCAAGCUCGCUCGAAAUCCUACAUCCAGCUCAGAUCCCGCGGCCAUCAACCGGCGGCCCUCGCUCAUCAAUCUCAAAUCGCCUGCCGAAUCUUUCGUAUCCACCUCCAAAGCGCUACCCACCCUCGCCACCCAUGCCGAGACGACCGCCCAGGGCGAAACCUCCCAGCUGCCCCCGGUCAUCACCGCACUCUCUGGCGACCACCACAGACAUCGAAAUCCCUCCACGAAUACCGGAGAUCAUACCCACCCCAGCGCCGAUCCUGACUCAUCCUCCUACUCCCAGUCAGUCAAUUCAAGUCUCACUGGCCCUCAAGAUCUCAGCGACCGUACCAACUCCACCCGGCUUCGAUCACCCCCUAGUCACCCAAACCUUUCGAUCCGCUCCUCAAAAUCUAGCGUCGUGACCAGCGCAUCGCAGAUGAAGUCCAAGCCCCAGGUCAAACUAACCCAACCAGCCACCACUAAGAGCUAUCUCUCAACAGCCACCGGCACGAUCGGCAAAGCCCUCGGCACCAACCCAUCCUCUGAGCUCCCCACCCCCGCAGAAUUCGAACCCAACGUGACAACCGUGCCCAAGGCGGCCUUUGGAAGACUGGCUUCUGUGUACUUCAGAGCCCCCGACUCACGCGCCAGUGCAUCUCCCUCGAGAUCUUCAAAUAAGGCUAGCUCAACUUCAAUCCUCUCCACCGGUCAAGCUCCCCCCCAUCGUGUGCUUGGAAACAGGAUCCCUGGGAUUACUGAUCAAUCAGUAGACCUCAAACCAUCCACAAAAGAUACCACUCUCCCCAACGAGCCCAGCAAACAUCCCCAUCAUCACCGUCUCAAUAAACUCAACCUCAAGUUCCUCCCACCGCUCUCGAACAGUACCAUGGAACUUAGUACGUUUAUCAAUCCGCAGUCCAACCCACCGCCGUUCUCCAACUUCAAUCGCGACGAAGAGGCCCGCGGGCUGGAUGCCCCGCCUGGUCCGUCUCCGGGUGCGGCGGAUGAUGAGCCUAUCAUCGAUCGCUUUGGGUUCAUCGUCGAUGCCAAGUACGGGCUGAAGCUGAUGCGCAAGUCUAGAGACAAGAAGAAACAGCUGUUGGCCAAGGAACGACUGGCCGCUUUGGGAGAGCAACAUCCCCCCGCCGCACCCCGACAAGCCUCGACUGUCCUUGAUUCCACCCUACAUCCUGAUCAGCCCCCGACGGAUCCAGCUCUUUCAAGUGAGACCUCAUCGACUUCUCUCCAUUCGCCCUCCGAUCGCGUCCUCCCUCUAGCCCAUACGUCCGAAGAGAACAGCAAAUUGAACUCAACACGUGGUGAUGCCAGUGUCGAGGGCUCAGAUCUCGACCAUACACCCAUGGUCACCACCGCGCUACCCAUCAAAUCUCAAGUUGAUGUGGAAGCUGAACUGUCCUCUCUGCGCGAAGCCUUGGGCCUCUCCCCAGCUCCCAAACCUGCGGGAAAGGAAGACUCGUCGACGACCGAACCGGGUGAGACCAACAGUCAUCAGGCACAUCAAGCCUCCUCGGCCGAUCCGGUGGUCGAGUCAUCGACUCAGAGCAUUCGAAGACUGCUUUUCCAGCUCAACGAGAUGCAAAACAUGCUGGAGAAGAAGCAGAUGGAGGCCUGGGGACAGUUCAUCACGAAGCGACGGAUGAAGCUCAUGAGAGUCUCCAACUCGUCCACCCCUUCGCACGGCCUAUCCUCCGGGCUCUCAGUCAGUGACCCUAGUAGUAGCGGAGGUAUCCAGGGCACCGGGGCGGUCUCGCCGGCCUCGGUUGGCGCGUUCCUUGGGACCGGGCCGCGGCAGGGAGCGAGUUCGAGCGGGGGUGCGAGUUCGCCGACCGGGCUAGCCGCCAAGACGCCGCACUCGAGCACCCACCAUCCAAGCUCAUCGAAGCGCCCCUCGAUGGGGGGAGGAGACGCUGCGUCUGUCGACAGCGACACGCCCGACCUGAUCACCUGUCACGACGACAACCUCAUCGGAAUCGCCUCGAUGGGCCUGUCCAACGACAACAACAAGAAGGCGCUCAAGGACGAGUGGAAGGAGUUCAGGGCGCUCGUCAUCCAGGGCAUCCCGAUCAGCUUGCGCCCCAAGAUCUGGCUCGAAUGCUCCGGCGCCAGUCAGCUUAAAGAGCCUGGCUAUUACCACGAUCUUCUCAACUUACAUGCCGGCGAAGAGGGCCUCUGUCUCACUCAGAUCGAAUGCGACGUCACCCGCACUCUUCCUACGAACGUCUACUUCGGAGGCGACGGGCCCGGUGUGAGCAAGCUACGGCGCGUGCUCGCGGCGAUGUCGUGGCACAACCCGGUCGUUGGCUAUUGCCAGGGCAUGAACAUGGUCGCAGCCACCUUACUGCUAACGAUCCCGAGCGAAGAAGACGCCUUCUGGAUCCUCGUCUGCAUCGUCGACAAAAUCCUGCCCGCACAUUACUACACCUCUCAUCUCCUCACCUCCCAGGCCGACCAACGCGUGCUCAAGGUCCUCGUCGGAAAACACCUCGCCGAAUUGGCCGCCCACUUCGAGGCCCUCGACGUCGAGCUGCCCGCCAUCACGUUUGGAUGGUUCUUGUCCCUGUUUGCUGAUGCGUUACCGAUCCAGACGCUCCUACGGGUGUUCGACCUGUUCCUGAUCGACGGGAGCCUGCUCCUAUUCCGGAUCGCGCUGGCCCUGCUGAAGAUCAACGCGCCGACGAUCCUGUCGUACGACUCGCCCGCCUCGCUGUACGCCUACAUGCGCGGGCCCAUGACCCUCAGCUCCCACCACGCCGACCUGCUCGUCACCGUCGCCUCCCGCGACUUCGCCGACCUCAAGAACUCCCUCAUCGUCGCCCUCAGGGCCCAGUUCGUCGACCAGAUCAAGCUCGAAAUGGGCCUCCCCGACUGA